AUUCUGUUAACUCAAAUGCAAUCGAGAUUUAGAGCUCAAGCGCUGUACCACAGUGCCUCCUGUGGCAGUUUUACGAAUGCCCGUCCCCGCAGGCCCAGCAGCUCUGGCCACUCCAGUCCUCCGCUUACUCGUGCUUCCGCCAAACGACGACGACGACAGGGACCCAUGAAGAUGAGACUGGAAGGCACCAUCCCUCAAAAAAGACGACUGAAAAUCUAAGCAACACCUGCCCUGCACCGCUGCGGAUCCACAACCACCACCAUUUGGCAAUCGGCCAGAGACUAAAUUCAACCGCGAGGGAGCAGCAGAGAGAGAAUUUCGACGGGGGAUCGGAACACAGAGUGGGCUGAAACCCUUGGGCGAGUGCUGGAGAGUCAAAGCAGGUGCAGAGCUCAGGGCGACAGAUGCCCUGAGCUGGUCUGCCAUUUCACUUCCACGACCCCAAUGCCAAUGUCUCCCACUUCCCCACGACCGAACCAAACUAUGCCAGCCCAAUCGAGCCUGCCCCCUUCCCCCAGUUAGAUGCGCCAAUCUUUGCACCUGCUUCAAGAACGCGACUGCGGGAUUCUCUUUUCGAACUCAUGCCACCCCUCUCUGCGCCGAGCUUAGAAGGACCCAAGCCGCGCUGGACGAAAAUUCAUCGAUGUCAGAGUCGCGCCGUAGAAAUAGGUGCAAUGAACCUAUCUCAGAAUGCCUGCGCCCGAUUUCCACGCUGAUAGCAAGAGAAGGCAACAAACCCUUGGGGACCCGAGCCCCUCCAAGCCCCUCCAAGCCAAAUCCCUACCCUGGCUGGUUGGCUGACUUCGGUCACAUGACACGGGAACCCACCGCGCGUGCGUGCAGUUUCAGCCUCGGCCGGUGUCGCUCUCUGUCGCUGCAUUCCGGCAUCUGAUUCGCUCCUCACGUAUCCCUCGAACCCUCGAAGCAUCAGAGGUUUGCAUCACUGGCCCGCGAUUACUGCCCCUUUCUAGCUUCCGCACUUUUCCAGGAUUCCCAGGCCUGCCAAUGGUUCGAUUUCCAUCCAACGCCACGCAUGGCCACAAAAAGCGUUCGAUUUCACUGACCAGACAGAAUCCUGGACCUGGAUCUGGGGUCCACCAGUGAGCCUGCCAGCCACGGUCCUCGCUCGCUCGCCUGCUCGCCAUCCUCCUACUGCAGCAAGGAAUGAUGAACGUAGGGUUUGACGACAGCCGGAGUUGCUCCCCGGGCUCUUCAGAGAGAGAGAGAGGUGAGUGACAUCGGAGCUUCCUCCUCAACGAGGGCAGGUGUGUCGUUUCUUGGCACCGGGGCCCGCCCUUCGUCCUUCCUGUUGCCGAACCUGGGGCUCUGGGAGGCAGAGACGCUGCCAGCGAGUGCCGGCCUCCGGGAAUUAUCGAUCAGUCCAUUCAAGCAGGGGCCGAGGAGAAGAAUUGGUGACCUCCGAGUCUGAAAUUGGAUGCUUUGGGGGUAUAAUUCAAUUGGCAUGGAAAAUUUGCCGCUUGCAAGAACGAAGCUAUUAUUCGGUGAAUUCUUCUGGCCAGGGCGAAGAGGGCGAGCAGGGCAAGAACAGCAGGCCAGAGGGGUUGGGAUAGUGAGAAUUGAGAACUGAAUUAUGAUUCUCCAAGCUUCUCCUUGAAUCCGAUCAUCAGAUUAUUUUUUUUGGGCGGAGAUCUAGGAUUCUAGAGCUUGCAUGCAGAAAAUAGCGCCAGGGUUUUGGUAGGGGUUUGGAUGAGAAUUGGAGCCUCUCUCGAGAAGUUGGGAACGUAGACCAGUCAGAAGAGGUCGAAUCCUUUGUGCUGCGUGAGCAAAGUAAUGACACGGCGUUUGCAUCAGUGGAUGCCUAAACUAUGGAAGGUGGGAGCCAUCGCUUCUGGGACCGCCGUUAUUUCCACUGCAGUUGUUGCUCUGCCUUCUCCUCCCUUCACGGUAUCUGCAUCGCUGCCAGAAUUGCCCGAUGGAGCGAUAGCCAAUCUUGAAGCUGCGCGGCAAGGGCUACUUCGGUCGUCCCGAGCGAUUUACACGUUUGCUGUCAACAGCUAUGACUACAAGUACUCACUGAAAGACUAUGACGAUAAGUCCGAGGAGUACUUCCAGGCUCGUUCAGAGGUUCAUAAGCGUGCCGCAGAGCGCCUAUUGAAACUGUGUCAGGCAAACAGAGGAUUUUAUGUGAAAGCAGGUCAAUUUGUUGGAUCUAUGAAGAAUGUGCCCCAGGAGUUUGUUACCGUGCUCUCUGUGUUGCAAGACAAAGCCCAACCAUGGCCGUACCAUGCGAUACAGAAGGUUAUCGAAGGGGAAUUUGGCCAAAGUAUCGGAGACAUUUUUGCCGAAUUCGACGAGGAACCUAUUGCUGCAGCAUCGCUUGCUCAAGUGCACCGCGCUCAGUUGAAGGGCGGAGAAGAAGUUGCCGUCAAGGUGCAGUAUCCACAUCUUCAACAGCAAUUUGAAAUUGACAUCAGAACGAUGUAUACUCUUUCGAAAGCUAUCUCCAUGCUAUUUCCAGAUUACCAGUUCGAGUGGAUUGUGGUAGAAUUUGAAAAAGGUGUUUCGCGAGAGCUAGAUUUCAAGCAAGAAGGGAAAAACGCAGAGCAGACAUCAAAAAAUUUUGCCAGUAAAGACCAUGUUAAAAUCCCUGAAAUAAAGUGGGAUUUGACAUCAAGGCGAGUUUUGACUAUGGAGUUUAUGCAUGGAUUUAAGAUUACAGAUACGGAACGUCUUAAAAAGGCUGGCAUCGAUCCGUUGCAGGUUGCCGAGGUGCUUGUCGAGGUAUUUGCGGAGAUGGUUUUCUGUCAUGGAUAUGUGCACGGAGAUCCUCAUCCUGGAAACAUAUUUGUGCAUCCUCGUGACCAGGUUAAGGGAAAGCGCAACUUUGACCUAGUCUUGUUAGACCAUGGACUCUAUAGAGAACUGGAUGAGGGGUUCCGAAAUGACUUUUGCCGGCUUUGGAAGGCUCUCAUUUUACUAGAUUCCAAUGAGAUGGAGGAACUCGGUGAUCGUCUUGGUGCGGGGCAUUUUUAUAAAUAUCUACCAAUCAUUUUCACAGGUCGCCCAUUGAACAGCAAAUCAGGACUGGGCCGAGGAAUGAGUCUCUCAGAAAGAAACCAGCUGAAGGAAGAGGUGCGUCACUUCACGAUGGGUGACGUAUCUCAGUUCAUGGAAGGUCUACCUCGCGAUUUUUUGACAGUUUUGCGGACUGACGGGCUGCUGAGGUCUAUAACGAGUAAACUAGGAGCCACACCUCGAAUGCGGUUGAUAAUAAAUGCCAAAUAUGCUGUGCUAGGACUUGCCCAACAGCACCGUGGAGAUCCUGGGCGAGGAACUCAAGGCUGGAAAGCUCACACCAAAGCCGUCUAUGAUUACGCAAAUUUACGUCUGCGAUUAGAAAUGUUCGAACUAAGCUAUAAAUUUGGGCUCUUGUACGGUUCUCUUCUAAAACAAUUGCGCUCUAUCGUGAAUAGGACCGUAGGUAGGUUCCUUAAAAUUGAGGCAAGGACGUAAAAUUAAAUUUCCGCAGAGUUUUAAUAUUUCUACUCAAGCCUCUUCACUUGCGAUACUGGCUAGAGAAUUGUUCUUGAUGUCAGACUAGACUAGAAUGCGCCAUAGGAUCAAAAUGCAUCACCUUUCAUGGCUAUAAUCUGGAAUCAUGUCUUGUGCUGCUGCAGAAGAUGCACAUUCGUUCAUUUGUUUUGCACCAUCAAAUUUUUUUUAUGUCUUCCACUAAAUAUGUACUUGUGCAUACAACGGUGGUUUACACAUCCCCAUUCUAUUUUACAAAUGAUUUC